GUUUUAGGGAUGACUCCCCCGGGUCAGUGAAGUAGUCAGCCUUUGCCAUCAAAGGAGUUGGGCCUGUUCAAAAAAUGAUAAAAUCAUACGAACAAAAGAAAUAUCGCUUUGGACUAAAGUAUGCGAGGACAAUUUUGAGUAAUCCGAAUUUCGCUGAACAUGGAGAAACCUUAGCAAUAAAGGGGCUCAUUCUUAACAUGGGUAAGCAACAAGAAGCACAGGAAUGUGUGAAAAGAGGUUUGAAGGCUGAUUUGAAAUCUUAUGUUUGCUGGCAUGUAUACGGGCUUGUUCAAAGGUCAGACAAAAACUACGACGAGGCAUACAAGCGAGCUUCAAUUCUUGACAAAGACAACAUGCAGAUUUUGAGAGAUCUCUCAUUACUCCAGAUACAAAUGAGGGGCUGUGAAGGGCGCAAAGAAUCUCGUCAUCAUUUGCUGCGACUUCGGCCAACGCAGAAAGUGUCUUGGUUGCUUACGUCACAGCAUAUCAUGUCUUGAAAGAUUACGAGAAGGCACUCAAUAUACUAG